AUGAAGAUCUUAAGCUUGCUGCUGCUGCUGCGGCUGCUGCUGUGGGUGCAGUUCGUGCUGCAUCUGUGGCUGCACUUGCUGCUUUUGCUGCUGCUGGCUGUGCUGCUGCUGCUGGUGCUGGUGCUGCUGCUGCUGUUGAUUUCGUUGUUGCUGCUGCUUCUGUUGGUGUUGUUGCUUCUGCUGUUUUUGCUGUUGUUGCUGCUGCUGCUUCUACUGGUGUUGCUGCUGGUGUUGCUGCAGCCUUUUCUGCUUCUGUUGCAGCAGCAGCAGCAGCAACAGGAGCAGCAGCAGGAGCAGCAGCAGGAGCAGCAGCAGCAGCAGCAGCAGCACUUCUGCUGCCUGGUUUCGGAAAGUACAUGGAUACGAUGUCUUCUGCUUCCUGCCGCAGCUCAGGAGAGACCCAAAUUGUGGGCGAGCAGCAAGCAGCAGCAGCUUGCUGCUGCUUCUGCUGAUGUUGCUGCUGCCUUUUCUGCUUCUGUUGCAGCAGCAGCAGCAGCAACAGGAGCAGCAGCAGCAGCAGCAGCAGGCGCAGCAGCAGCAGCAGCAGCAGCACUCCUGCUGCCUGGCUUCGGAAAGUACAUGGAUACUAUGUCUUCUGCUUCCUGCCGCAGCUCAGGAGAGACCCAAAUUGUGGGCGAGCAGCAAGCAGCAGCAGCAGCAGCAGCAGCAGCAGCAGCAGCAGCAGGAGAAUCUGAGUCACCAGCAGCAGCAGCAGCAGCAGAAGCAGCAGCAGCAGAUUCAUCUAGAAAGACAGAACAGGGCAAACCAUAG